UCAUGUAACUCAACUCUUCCACUUCCAUCAAGCAACAUUGUCAGCAAAAUUCAAAUCAAUCUCAUCACUUCUGUAGACUGCACUGGAAAUCCAAAAUGCCUCUUCGAAUUCAAUGCUCAUAUUGGACCAAGAAGAAUUAAAUGCUGAGAUAAACUCCAAACUUCAAACAAAUAGAAUACAAAUCGUUUCUUCUCAUCUUGUAGCACCCAACACUUCUUAGGUAAGUUAGCACAAUAAGACACAUUCUCAAAAGGCUAUCCAUCCAUGAAGCCCUUGCAUACCCUUUUCAAUUCCUUGUCCCAAGAGUGCUCCAAGCUCUUCAAAGCUCCAAAAUUCUUCUUAGAUAAUUUACUUAGCUCCACCCAGAGAAACCCAUUUCUAAUCCUUGAUCGCUUUCACUGGAAGGACAAUAUCUGUGGCCAGCAGUUGUUUCUCCUAGAUGUCAAAAGAAAAGAGCUUAAAGAACUUCACAUUCCAAGAGUCACAGAUUCUGACAUGGGUUUUAAGGUGGUGGGUUCAUGCAAUGGUUUACUCUGUGUUGUUCAUUAUUCCUUGGAUCCAAACUCUGCAAUCUUCCUCUGGAACCCAGCUACAUCACAAACCAAAAGGGUCCUGGAAUCAGAAAACGCUUUGCUUCCUCAUAAGGUGCCACCAAAUUGUCUAAUAGGCUUUUACUUCAACUACAGUGACAAUGAUUAUCAAGUUGUGAGGCUCUACUCUUUUGGUUUUGAUGAUUCUCUUAGCAAGAUUAAUGCUGUUCAGGUUGAAAAAUACUCACUGAGUACUGGGUUGUGGAGAGAAAUCAAAUGUGAUCAGCAAAUAACAGUGAAUGGAUGUUUGUUUUGGACAGAGAACACUGUGACAGUGGAUGAAACUUUGUUUUGGGGGGCCAUGGAGGUGAGUGAAAAGGUUAGCCAUGAAAUGAUUAUUUCUUUCAAUUCAUGUAACAAUGUGGUUAGCAAGAUUGAGUUGCCUGUUUCUGCUAAGAAUUGUUCUGAAGUUUAUAAGAAACUUGCAGUGUACAAGGGUUUUGUUUCUGUGAUUAUUUGCUUAGAAAGUGAACAUAUGGAACAAUGGUUAGAAUUGUGGGGUUUUUAUGAUAAAUAUGAAGGUGUGGAGUGUUGGAACAAGUUACAGACAAUAGGAAUGUUUUCAAGAUUAGAGCGUCCAGUGGGGGUUUGGAAAAAUGAAAUUCUUAUGGCAACUGAUAAGCAAAUACAUGGUGUUAGUGGAACCAUAGCUUUGCUUCCGGAAGAUGAUGAUCUUGAAGCUGAGUUUUCCUACAAUGUCUUUAACUAUGUGGAGAGCUUCAUUCCUUUACUGGGUGGGAAUAUGAAUGUGGAGACUGACCCCUUUGAAAGCGAAUGGAUUCUGGUUACAUGAUGUGCUCAGGAGCAAUAUCAGCAAAUUAAGCAUUGAAGGCAAUGUACAGAUAGGACUGAAGACUAAGACUAUGUUUGUAUAUUCGUUGACACCAUUGUAAACUGAUGUUAACACGAACUUACAGAAAAAAAAAGUGAACACAAUUCUUCUUAUGGAUUGAAAUGAAAGUGAGUUCAUGUUGCUCUCAAUUGGCCCAAAUACAGACUAACUAGAUUUCCUUUGUUAGUCUAUAAUAUAUGUAUGUGGAAGAAGCCUGUGAAUGCCAUUGUGUAACUUAAGCUCAUUAUCUUCUCUACAUUGGUAUCCAUCUGCAUAUGUACAUAUAGCUAUGGUAGCAUAGAACAAUAUUAAGGGAAUAUUUCUGUUAUACUCAAAGAACUAUUGGAUCGAACAUAGAUUGAUUUGUUUGUUAAAAGCUGCUCUUCUAAUAAAGCUGGUUUCUUUCUCCUUUCUUAUUGGCUUAUUAUUAUGAAAAUAUGGUGGGUAAAUGUACUGUAAAAGAAUGUCAGUGUAAGUGUGCAAAGGGAUGGAAUGAAAGGGAAAUAGGAAAUCAAAUGUCACAUAAUAUCUUGUUAGAUGAUCUGAUGGCGGAAUUGGGGGACGGUGCACUUAACAGAAAACAAAAAUGACGAGUGGAGUUGGAGGCAUGAUGGGGAAGGGAUCUAUUCAGUCAACUCAUCUUAUUUGUUUUUACAGGAACAAUCUCUGGAGGAAGCAGAUCCACUAUUCAAACUGGUUUGGUCAGUCCUUCCAACGUCAGUGCUUUUGCUUGGAGGAUGUUGAAAGACAGAAUUCAGACAAGGAACAAUCUCCAGCGGCGCCAGGUGAUCACAAAUGAGGAAGGUGCCUUAUGCCCCUUGUGCAGGCUGGAAGAGGAGUCUACAACACAUCUGUUUUACUUAUGUCAGGCCACAAACCCAAUUUGGUAUGAAUGCUCUAAGUGGCUGGGAGUUCUAUCAUCUCUGGUGCCUUCCCCACGGGAACACUUACUCCAAUUUUCUUCCAUUGGCAUCCCUAAAGCACAAAGGGUGGGGGAGUGUGUUAUUUGGAUGGCAAUUGUGUGGACUAUAUGGCUACUCCGGAAUAAAGUAAUCUUUAAUGGGACAACAUUUGACAGGAAUCACGCACUAGAGCUGGCACAAUUGAAGGCUUGGCAAUGGCUAUGCAGCAAAACAGACAAAUUCUCUUAUUCUUGGUUUGAAUGGUUGAGGAAUCCAAGUUCUUGUAUUCAAGCACUAUGAGGGGAGGGGCGAUUGGA